AUUAAAAUAUUAAAUUUUUAAUGAGGGCAAACCUAUAUACUCGUGGUUCGGAUCGUUUAAUCGGUUAGCCUCGACCCAGAUGACAAAACAUACUAUGUAUCAAAAUAUGAUUCCUUUAAAAGGAAAGAAAUGUAAACCAAAACUCAUAGCAACAAUGUUUAUUUCCCCAUAGCUAUUAGUAGUUUGUUUACAUACAAUUCAGGACAAAGAAAACCAGUGGCACAUUUUACAAACAAAACUGAAAACAAACCUUUCCUUUUAUAUAACUUCCUCUUCCUCUUCCACCGACAACUCAUACUUCAAACUUCACUCCUUUGCAUGUAAAAUCAACAUCAAAUCCCACAUUUUUCACACAAAAUCAUCAUGGUAUGCAUUGGCUUUUCUAGUACAUGUCUUUUUGAGGUAUCUUUGGUUCAGCAUGAAGGUCUUAGAUUUUCUCAAAGAAUACAAAUGCUUUCAACUGCAUGCAUGCCACAAAGCUACACUUUAGCUACGACCAAGAAAUGCAAAAUAAUCAAGGCCAUGGCUUCUCCAAAUGUAGCAGCUCCUCAAAGAGAGAAAGAUCCAAAAAAGAGAGUAGUAAUAACAGGAAUGGGUCUUGUUUCUGUCUUUGGUAGUGACAUAGAUGUGUUUUACAACAAGCUUCUUGAAGGAGAAAGUGGAAUAAGCCUAAUAGAUAGGUUUGAUGCUUCAAGCUUCCCCGUCCGCUUUGGCGGUCAGAUACGCGAUUUUUCUUCACAAGGUUACAUUGAUUGCGAGAAUGAUCGGCGCCUCGAUGAUUGCUCGAGGUAUUGUUUAGUAGCAGGCAAGAGGGCACUUGAAGAUGCUAAUCUUGGAUAUGAAGCCCUCAACAUUAUGGACAGAACAAGAAUGGGAGUACUAGUGGGAACAGGAAUGGGAGGUGUAAGUGGUAUUAACACUGCUGUUGAUGCUCUCACUCAUAGAGGGCAUGAAAAGAUUAAUCCAUCUUUCAUUCCCUACACCAUUAACAUGAGUUCUGCUUUGUUGGCUAUAGACACAGGACUAAUGGGACCAAAUUAUUCAAUUUCCACUGCUUGUGCUACAGCAAAUUACUGUUUUUCUGCAGCUUCUCAUCACAUUCGAAGUGGUGAAGUGGAUAUUAUGGUGGUUGGUGGUACAGAAGCUUCGAUUAUACCUUCUGGUGUUGGAGGAUUCAUUGCUUGCAGAGCUUUGUCUCAGAGGAAUGAUGAGCCUAAGAAGGCUUCAAGACCGUGGGACAAAAAUCGCGAUGGUUUUGUCAUUGGCGAAGGCUCUGGUGUCCUGAUAAUGGAGAGCUUGGAGAGUGCAACAAAGAGAGGAGCAAGAAUAAUUGCUGAAUAUUUGGGUGGUGCGAUAACAUGUGAUGCUCAUCACAUGACUGAUCCAAGAUCUGAUGGACUUGGAGUUUCAUCUUGCAUAAGCAAGAGUUUACAAGACGCCGGUGUUUCCCCUGAAGAGGUGAAUUAUGUGAAUGCUCAUGCUACAUCAACACUAGCUGGUGACUUGGCUGAGGUUAAUGCAAUCAAAGAGGUUUUUAAGGAUACAUCAGAACUAAAAAUGAAUGGGACUAAGUCAAUGAUUGGCCAUUGUCUUGGUGCUGCUGGUGGUUUGGAAGCUAUAGCAACUAUCAAAGCAAUAACUACUGGCUGGUUGCAUCCAACCAUUAACCAAGAUAAUUUGGAAGAGGAUGUUACAAUUGAUACAGUACCUAAUUUUAAGAAAAGGCAUGAAGUUAAUGUUGCUAUCUCCAAUUCAUUUGGAUUUGGUGGACACAAUUCAGUAGUUGUCUUUGCCCCAUUCAAACCCUAAUUGGAAUUCAAGCUCAAUCUGAUAUUAUAUUUGUUUUUUUCACAUUACUGGAUCCACUGAUUAUGGAACCUUAGUUUAUAGGGACUUUAUGUAAGGAAUUAGAAACAUGUUAUUUUUUCAAGUAUCAGUUUUUAGUGUUUGUCUAAUAUGAAUCCUUUAACAAAAUUCUAUAGACUCACUGGCUUUUUAAGUAAUAGCACAUACAUCCCUCUCUUAAUUUAAUACAAGCAUGUUACAGAAAUACUUGAAUCCAUGUGAAAACGAAAAAAGCAUACCACAACAACAAAUGAUGAAUGCUACAUUCUUUUUUUCUAUCCAUCCUUUUAUCCGAGCUACUCGAGACAUCAAGAUAAACUAAUAUUUCCUUUUCCUGAUCCUGAAGCUCGAUGAUCGGACAACAUUAUCAUCCAUCAAUAGUGUCUGCUCAAGGGCUUUUAUGGACUCGGGCUUUGUGAAGUAGGUGAAUAAGAGGUAGAUGCCGUCCAAAUAGGUGUUAGUUUCUCCUUCCUUGUUUUUCUUCUGGAUGCUAU